GGCAGCGCGGUUUUUCAAGCUCCCGAGCAACAGCGACAGGCUUGGCACGAGCCGGACUGCCCGCAGUCACCAAACGCCGUCGCACAGCCAGCGCUUGCAACGUUUGCGUCCAAAAAGCUCACACAGAGCAAUCAAAGCAAAAAGCUGCCAACAGCACAUACAGCCACCGCGCGCACGCCCGCCGCCGCGCCGUAACAAUAACGAAAACAACGACAAGAUGCCCCGCCGCCGCCCCACAAUUAAGUUUAGGACGUCCUUCGCCAAUACCAUUUAUGACGUCAUGACGGCGCGCGGCUGGAAGGAGACCGACAGUGACACGGACUGGGAUUUUCACUGGGCCGAGCGCGAGUGGGUCUACGAGGUGUUCGACACGAUGCAUCUGGAACCGCACCAGCGGUUGAACCAUUUCCGGAACGGGCGGGAGCUGUGCCGGAAGGACUUAUUAGUUAAAAAUUUAAAAAGGAUGAAGCGCGGGUUGCAGAGAGAUGGGCAGGUCGACCAGGCGAAAGCCUACGACUUCAUGCCUCUGUCCUUCGUGCUGCCGCGGGAGUACGCCAUGUUCGUGGAAGAGUUUAAAAGAUCGGGAGGUGUGUGGAUCAUGAAGCCGAUUGGGUCAGCACAGGGUCGGGGUAUCUUCCUGUUUUCUAGGUUAUCCGAAAUCUCGGAGUGGCGGACCGAUCCUUACAGACACUUAAACAAGGACGACAAGGAUCCACCCAGGGCGGAACCGGAGGCGUAUAUCGUCCAGAGGUAUAUCGAGAACCCCUAUCUCGUCGGUGGGAAGAAGUUCGAUAUGCGAUUAUAUGUCCUUGUUACAUCGUUUUCACCGUUAGUCGCCUACAUGUAUAGGGGCGGCUUCGCGCGGUUCUCGCACACGCGGUACUCGAGUGACCCUGCGGACAUCGCCAAUAACUUCGUCCAUUUAACUAAUGUUGCGAUUCAAAAAACGGCGGAGAAUUAUGAUGCGCGAAGCGGCGGGAAGAAGGACCUGCGGUCUGUCAAACUGUUGUUAGCUGCCGAGCACGGGAUGGCGGCGGUCGACCGCGUGUUCCUGGCUAUUGAAAGAGUUGUAGUACGUUCAUUAAUAGCGGUGCAGCACGUCAUGAUCGCGGACAAGCACUGCUUCGAGUUGUACGGAUAUGAUGUGUUGAUCGAUGACGAGCUCAAGCCGUGGCUCAUCGAGGUCAACGCGUCGCCGUCCCUAUCAGCAAAUACGAAGGAGGACUAUCAGUUGAAGUGCGACAUGCUGCAUGAUUGUUUGGACAUUGUCGAUGUGGAAGGGCGGUUGCGAGGCGACGAGCGGUCGGUCGGGGGCUUUGAUCUCGUUUAUGACGGCGGGGUCGUGGAGCCGGACCCGCAGGACUGCCCCUGGUCGACUAGAUUGGGGACGAAGGUCGAGCGGGAGAACGACGGGGGGGACUGAGUGCUCGUAAGAUUUUGGUUUAUUA